AUGUCGUCCAAAAAGGAACAGAGCCAGGUCCCCGCCCACAGCAAGGGCUCCUGGUCUAGUUUUCUGAAGUCUAUCGCCUCCUUCAACGGGGAUCUGUCUUCGUUGACGGCUCCGCCGUUCAUCCUCUCCUCCACCUCCCUCACCGAGUAUUCUGCCUACUGGGCAGAGCACCCCGCCGUCUUCGUUGCUCCGGCCAAGGAGUCUGAUCCGGAGAAGCGUGCCCUCCUGGUCCUCAAGUGGUUUCUCAGCACGCUGCACCAGCAAUACUGCAGCCGCAGUGAGAAGCUGGGCAGUGAGAAGAAGCCGCUGAACCCGUUUCUGGGUGAGCUGUUUAUCGGCAAAUGGCAGGCGGGUCCGGAGGUGGGGGAGACCUCGUUGGUCAGUGAGCAAGUCAGCCACCAUCCUCCUGUCACAGCCUACACGAUUUGGAAUGAGCAGCAUGGGGUCGAGUUGCAAGGAUACAACGCCCAGAAGGCUUCGUUCUCGAGCACGAUUCAGGUGAAACAGAUCGGACACGCCCUGUACACGCUCACUGUGCCCGGGUCUGAUGAGAAGGAGCGGUAUGUGAUCACGCUCCCGAACCUGCACAUCGAGUCCCUGAUCUACGGCACUCCGUUCGUUGAGCUGGAGAAGACGACCAAGAUCGCCAGCAGCAGUGGCUACGUCGCCAAGAUCGACUACUCGGGCAAGGGCUGGUUGAGCGGCAAGAAGAAUACUUUUACCGCGAGUCUGUACAAGGCUAGCGAGGGUGAAAAGAAGCCGCUGUACACCGUCGAUGGCCAGUGGUCGGAUUCGUUCACCAUUAAGAACGCCCGUACCAAGGACGUCGUCGAUCGCUGGGUCGUCAACGAGAACAAGACCACCCCGCUCACCCUGGCACCCCUUGAGCAACAGGACCUGUACGAAAGUCGCCGAGCCUGGAGCGACGUCGCCGCCAACAUCCAGGGUGGCGACAUGGAUGCGGUCUCCGUCCACAAAUCGCGCAUCGAAAACGCGCAGCGCGAGCUGCGCCGCAUCGAAAAGUCCGAGGGGCGCGAGUGGGAGCGCCGCUUCUUCAGCCGCAUCGACGAAAAGAGCGACAACCCAGAGGUCCAGCGCCUUGCUAGCUCGGUGGAUCUGGUCUUUGAAGCCGACAAGACCGGUGGCAUCUGGCGCUUCGAUUCCGAGAAAGCCGCCGGUGCUCAGCCGCCCUACCACAAGACCGGUGGCGAGGGUCUGGGCAUCACGGAAUAA